AUGAUUUCGAACCUUUUCAAAGAGGACUCUGGUGACAACGAAUUCUCACAAUUACUUGAAGAUUUAACUUCCGUUGCAGCAUUCAGAUUGGAAAAUAAUAGGCUUAAUAAAGUUGCAGCUCAGAGGCGCUCAACAGUUCCCUUUACCAUGUCCCCUCUCCUAACUUCAACACAAAAGGAGAGUGGGAACACCCGAGAUUACAUUAGCGAUGCAGUUUCCUCGUCUGUAUAUCCACCACCUGCUCAGGACCCGCAAAGAGUUUUACGUCAAAUGAUGAGUCUUUGUAAGCAUAUCUAUUCGAGAGGUUUGGUUGAAGGAAGCGGAAGUGACGUGACGAUCAAAGCUUUCGAUAAAGAAUAUCAUCUGCAUAAGAUUAUUCUUUAUCAAAAUCCUUAUUUUUCGGUGUUGUUGGAAGGACCGUGGAAGGAGAAUGGUCAAAAGGCAAUCGAACUUCGUUUUGAUGAUGAAAAUAUAACGCGCGAUGCAUUCGAGAUUGCCUUGGGUCGCCUGUACGGUAGAUUGGAUGAGCUCAUACUGCCAUCUCAGGUUCUCGGCCUUCUGGCGACUUCCUCUUUUCUCGAUUUGCAAGAUUUAUGCGAGAUGUGUGUGGAGGUGAUACUAAGGGACAUCAGAGACGAAACCGUGGUGCAUUAUCUUACUUUCGCCACCUCUCAUUUUUACGGUCCCCAUUCGGAAAAGAUAACAGAAUCUUGUUUCACCUAUCUUUGCAGGGAAGGGUAUGAGAGUAUGAGACUUAAACCUGCAUUCUUGACAUUACCCGCCGAAUGGUUGAAAAGGGUGAUAGAGAGCGAUGCGUUUUGGGUUCCGAGUGAAUAUGAAAGAUACUUGUUCGCAAGAGAUAUAGUCGGCGAACGGAGAAAAAUAUCAAUCGAACAAAAAAGGCUGAAUCUAAUGACGCUGUCAUUGGAGAACCUGGAAUUAUCAGAAUUAGUUAAUUUACCUUCGGACAAUUCUGUUUCCUCUUCCUCAACCACGCCAAAUAUACAUAAACGAUUAAAUGAUACAUACGCUUGUCACACGAGGCAGGCCGCUUCCACUAGUACAAUAAGUUCCAUGUGCUCGAUCUCGUCGUCCAUGCAUGCUGAAAGUGAUGAAACAAUUUACACCGCCAUAUUUACUUACGCUAUUUAUUAUGCCCACAUGACCUUUGAAGAAUUGAAUUCUAUUUUACAUGAUCGUGAUCCAAUUGUCAAUGUCCCCUUUGCACCCGACUAUGUAAUAAAGGAUGCAUUGUGGCAACAGAUUGAUCUUCGCAACAAGAUCGAAAAUGCUGCUGAUACGGAUGGCACCUUGGGCAUUUCCUCUUCCGAGAUACCGUCCGAUUCCACGGGAGUCCACUUCGAGAUUCCUUCGGAUGAUACGACUCACAUAGGAGAGCCGCUUACUGGAUUGGAGGACAUGGUCGGGGGAGGAAAUAAGGUGGUGAAGGAAGGUGAAGGUAAUAAGGGAAGCGUAGAAUACUCGUUGUUCGCUCCCUUCAGAUUUAGCGUGGAAUUUUCGGAUGUCGCGAAGCUAAAAGAAAAACAGAGAGUCCAAUUGGAAUAUGUAUAUCCAGAAGAUAAAGACUCCUCGGAAGGCUCCACAUCACCUUCAAUUAUGAGCUCAAACAAGAGUCCUACCUCAUCGCCUGGUUCGGAUGAUCGAUACCCCACCUCAGCCCGCUUGAUGAAAAAUAAUAAUGAUGAAAAGAGUUUUUCGAGAUACGCGGAUAAAAGGAAGACUGUGAGGACUUGGUUUAAAAUAUUUUGUCCUGCCCGAGGUCCCAGUCAUGUGUUGACCCAAUUUCAGAGUAGCCCGGAUAAUUUCGCAUUAAUGCAAAGUUGGGGUUGGAGGAGUUCAAGCCUUUGUCAAGACGACUAUCUUUUGGAUAUUCGUGAAUAUGAUGGUUCUGCAGCUGCCACACCCAACCCUGCUUCGUCAACGCUAAAGUUUUCCGUGGUGAUGGGACAU